AUGGCCUUCAAUUCCCAGACCUUCGAAGCCGAUACUCGGAAUGCCCCAGAUCCUCCAACCUCCAGCAACUUGAACACUGCACAAACAUUUUCACGCGGAGUGUCGCACACAAGGUCUCGAUCCAGCCCUAUAGCCCCCGCCCGCAGACACAUCCCAGAGCGGAAAGACCCUCAGCCCAGCAACAACCGGAACUCAACUUUUAGCACAGACACUGGGGACAGCAAGGGAAGACCUCAACGAAAGAAGUCGACUUUACGCGGGGCUCUUGGCAAGAUUUUUAGCCGCCGCAAGAAAUCCUCAAGUCAAACAAGUCUACGUUUGGAUAGAAAUAGCACCAGACCUGUGCAGGGUAGACUCACCAGCCAUCACCGCAGUACAACGUUUGAUGUGAGCGUUUUGAGUAAUUAUGACGAUUAUGGGGCGAAACGAUCAGCCUCUGUUCCCCCGGGUGAUUAUGGCCGUGCCUUGCGUUCCCAUUCGAUAGGCCCUGAAGAUGUGCUCGCCAUUGAGAGUGCUCGGGUUUCUGCCCAAGCCGAUAGGGAGUCUCAGAAACGGCGGUAUGAACGCUCGAGUGUUCACUCAUUUCGAGAACUGACCACUAGGGAGGGGGAGCCGGCCGGCUUAGCUCCGAGACCUGUUACCGUAUACGGCGGAUCGAGUGUCCAUGAGACUUUUCCUUUCCAUGAUGGGGCUUCCACCAUCGGCCGUGCUAUCACCAGUGACCAAACUGGCCUCAAAAGACGAUCGCGAAGUCUCUCUGCCAUUGGCGAUGCCGUGAUGGAAGGCGGUGAUCUUCAACGGACAAGGAGCACAGAAAUUCGCCACUGGAGACAAAGCCAUGGCACAAGUUACAAGCCGCCCAUGAACGCCCCUGACGUUAUUCAGACUGAAAUUGAUGGUGGCUUGUACAUCAACAGCCCGGAGCAACCGCAAUCGCCUGCUUCACCACUGCAAUCGUUUACCUUUGGCGAUGUUGGGCCCGCCCAUCUCCCGCCAGAAAUGAAGUCUCCCUUUGGGCCAAAUUUGGACUCCAAGCUUGGCAAUUUGGAAAAGAGAACGAAGCGUCUGGAAAAGGCCAUGUCAGAAUUGUCGCAUUCUGUCCCCGACUUUCGAUUUCGCCUUGAUCCGUCCAGCGGACCUCCAGUUUCCUAUAAGCCAGCCAAUGGCAAUGGGCCAAUGAAUUGGGGACCAACCUGGUUUGAUAACAACACCAAAGUCCCCAGCCGGCCAAGCACAGGCCGUUCUGGGGCGUCCGAUAAAUCUUCCCUCGACUUAGGGCCCGCCUAUUAUGGAUCAAAUCGACGUCUAAUUCCCCAGCCGGCCCUGGGAAUCGCGAACCGUCCAUUGAGCACCACGACGAUUCGAGGAGUCGCUAGCCUGCCUUCAAUUUCCCAGGAGUAUGCUCGUCCACUUACCACGGAGCAUUAUAUCACUCUCAUGGCACUGCUUGAGACAGAACGAUCUGCUCGUCAGGCCCUCGAAGCUCAAGUGAAGACUAUGGGAUAUCAGAUUAGUGUGAUGGCCAAGAGCCUCUCAAAUGAUUUCCCUGCCUCCAAACCCUCUAUCAGUGAACAGUCUGCAUUUGAUUAUGAUGACGAAGAGGAAGACGAUCGAGGAGCAAAUAAUGCUAUGAGAGAGACCCUUGUUCAACAGGAUUCCGGUUUAGCCUCUACCAGUCCUGACGAAGACGAGAUUUCGCCGACAUAUGUAACUCCCAUUGAAGAGGCCAACGACGAAGGACUUGUUAUGCGCGCGAAGAACGAUAGGACACUUUCCUUGUCCAGAAUUACGAUGAGCCAGCCAGGUCCUGACCCCCGUCCUGGUUUAAUGCAUUCUCCCAUCUGA